UUUCGCCACUUUUGUAUUGUGUCGCAAGCCGUUAACACUGGUCAAAAUCGAAUUAGAAUAAGAUUUUUGAGGUGUUUUGUCGAAAAAUUUGAUAAUUUUUACAAGAAUUAAAAGAUCCUACAACGAAGUUCUAUAAUUAUUAGAAUGUUGCAUAGGAGUGUAAUAGUACCUGUAUCGUACACUUUUAUAUAAAGAAAUAUUGACAUUAACAAAGGUAAAGAGGAACGAAUUUUUCAUUCAAUUGAAACCCAAUAAAAUAAAAAAUAAUAGAGGAGCAACGGAAGUGUAGAUCGACUACUCGCUCGGUGCUCGCACAGGUCGAAUUCUUGAAAGAAUAAUCCAAGACAUGAGUGAAUGCAUCGGAAGGACGUCGCAGCCGUCAGUCAAAGUGUGAUAAUAUUCGGUGAACGAAUUACGUUCGAUGUGACACAGGUCGACAUUAUUUUCAAAAGCAACUGAGACGCCCUCAAAAACAAUUGCCUUUAAAGAGGUGCAUGAGUUGACGAUUGAGAUUAAGAAUUAUUCAAGCAACUUGGUUGAACUUUGAAGUUUUCUUUUGAGGUGUUCGUAUCAUCGCACCGUCGAGAGAUCGUUGAUCAGUGUUUGAUUACAGGCGGUAAAAUCGAACGGUCUUCAAUUGACGUGGUUGUAAUAUUGAACUUUUUGAGUUAUAAAAGUGAUAAAGUAUGAAGGACGUUACUUCGUUUUGGAAUCGUCUUACCGGACGAAGAUAUUCCGCGGUAAAUACAAACCCGUGUACCAUAACAGAUUUGACUAAUGACGUUACCGAACAGGAGCUCAGUCCAUCGACAGCCACGACGAACCAUCGAAGCCUACGAAGAAAGUCUUCCGUCGUAGUGAACCAGUUCUUUAACGCCGCUAUACCAGUGCAAUCGGAUGGUCGAGCGCGAUGGUCGAAAAGCAUUUUCAUCUUGAUGACAUUGGGCCUGGUAGGCAUCGCUUCCGGCUGCUUCAUCCUCGUUUUUCAACCCUACGACUUUCUAUUCAAAUUGAAAGUAGUCUUCAGCGAUGGUGGUGAAAUUUUCGAACUAUGGCGAUCACCCCCCGUCGACGUAUAUCUCAGAGUGUAUCUCUUCAACGUCACGAACAGGGAACAGUUCCUAGCCGGUAAAGAAACGAAACUGAGAUUCAGUCAAGUCGGACCAUACGUAUACAAGGAAUCGAUGGAGCACGCGAAUGUGACGUUUAACGACAAUGGUACGGUAACUGCCAUACCCAGACAUCCGUUGACUUGGAUACCGGAGAUGAGUAACGGAACGGAGGAAGAUCUGCUGAUUGUACCAAAUAUUGCUUUGCUGAGUAUUACAAACGUGAUGAGAGAUGCAGCGUACUUCACUAACCUUGGGCUCAGUAUAAUAAUCGGUCAAACGGACAGCCAACCCCUCAUUCAAAUGACCGCCAAGGAGUUCAUGUUCGGUUACGAAUCGACCCUUGUGACGUUAGGAAACAGCAUGAUGCCGUCUUGGAUAAAAUUCGACAAAUUGGGACUCAUUGAUAGAAUGUAUGAUUUCGAAGGCGACAUCGAAACCGUAUACACCGGAGAGAAUGACCUAAGGAAGGCAGGACUGAUCGAAAAAUACAAUCAUGAUGUCAAUCUGCCACACUGGACCGGAAAAUGCGCAAAUGUGAUGAACGCUAGUGACGGAACGAAAUUUCCUGGAUAUAUACGAAAUAACGACACCCUCCUUUUCUUCAGAAAAAGUCUUUGUCGCAGCGCUCAUAUGUAUCACACGGGUAAUAAAACCGUUAACGGACUCGAAACAUACGAGUUUAAAUUCGCUGAAAAUGAAUUGGACAACGGUGCAGUGAACCCCGAAAAUAAAUGUUUUUGUCGCCAAGGGAGGUGUCUGCCUGCAGGCUUGAUUGACGUUACUGAUUGCUACUAUGGUUUUCCGAUCGCUCUGUCUUAUCCGCACUUCUAUAAAGCGGACCCUUCGAUACUGGCGUCCAUGGAAGGCCUCAGUCCUCGACAAGAGGAUCACGAAUCAUUUUUUUAUAUUCAACCUCAAUCGGGACUUCCCGUCAACAUUGCUUUUCGCUUUCAAAUAAACAUGGCGUUACAAGAUAUCAGCGGAUACUCAAGGGUGGCAAAGUUCAAGGAUAGGGUGCUUCCUCUGUUGUGGUUCGAGAUUGGCAUGCACCGACUUCCAAAACAGAUAAACGACCGUUUCGUGUUGUACCUUAACGUGCUUCCGGUGGUCCAGGAAGCUGCGGUGUACAUAUUUUUCCUUCUCGGGGUAAUCUUUCUGAUCUGGAGUGUCGUCAAAAUUCUUUUCCAUCAACCAAAGGGCUACGGUGGCCCAGCGCAAUGGCUCGAUACCGAAAUGCAGCGGAAGCGACUCAGUUUUCUGAACGAUAGACGAGCUUCGGGAAUUAAAACAAAGGAACUGGAAACAUAUUACAGUUCUCUUCUAAGUCCAGCCGAAAAUUCUGCCUCGGCUCCAUUGCAAGAAGAUCUCGCUCCUCUUGGAGAAGAACAUGUUUAACAAUUCACACGAUCACGUCCAUAGAUGGAUCAAAGGCUCUCAAAAGACUAUUUAGUAUUUAUGAAAUAUUGCGCAUAUCAGAGUUGCAAGGAAAUUAGCAUAAGCUUGAUUCUCACAUUUUCGCAUUGCAAUUAAGACAGGCUAUUUUAUUUCAUCUCUUAUCGAAUAAUAUGACAUCGUUUUCUUACAACUCCAAGUGCAUGCACGAUAUAUGUAUGUUAGAUUUAUAAUUAACAAUAGGUGACGUUCCCUUCGCAUUGAUUUUAUGUCGUAACAUAAUUACAUUGUAUAGGUCCGUAUCAACGAAUACGAGAUAUGCUUAGUACGGGUUUUUUUUUUUUUUUU